CUAGAAACUCAAAACCCUAUCCCUUUCUCAUCCAUGGCUUCCCUCUCUCUCAUCUCCCCUCCUUCUCUCUCUUCCUCCCGCCAUGUUUCCUCCAUAGCCAACCUUCUUCUCCGAUCACCAAAGCCUCUUAAUCUUUCCGCUCAUAACCACCACCGCUGCCGUCCUCUCUCCGUUCAAGCCCGCUCCGUCUCCACUCUCACUCAAGACGACCUCAAGAAGCUUGCUGCCGACAAGGCUGUUGAGUAUGUCAAGAGUGGAAUGGUUCUCGGCCUCGGCACUGGCUCCACCGCCGCUUUCGUUGUCGCUAAGAUUGGCGAACUUCUCAAGAGUAAUCAAUUGAGUGACAUUGUUGGAAUCCCUACCUCCAAGCGGACGGAGGAGCAAGCUAGGGCAUUAGGAAUUCCUCUCUCUGUUCUUGAUGAUCAUCCGCAUCUCGAUUUGGCUAUCGAUGGCGCUGAUGAGGUCGAUCCAGAUCUGAAUCUCGUUAAAGGCCGCGGCGGCGCUUUGUUGCGUGAGAAAAUGGUUGAGGCUGCUUCCGAUAAAUUCGUCGUCGUCGUCGAUGAUACUAAAUUAGUUGACGGCCUCGGCGGAAGCGGUCUCGCGAUGCCGGUGGAAGUCGUUCAGUUCUGCUGGAAAUACAAUUUGGUGAGGCUUCAAGACCUAUUCAAGGACGAAGAUUGCGAGGCCAAGCUCCGAUUGGACGCCGAUGGGAAGCCAUACGUCACCGAUAAUUCAAAUUACAUAGUCGAUUUAUAUUUCAAGACUCCAAUCAAAGACGGAUUAGCCGCCGGAAAAGAGAUUUCAGCGUUUGAAGGAGUGGUGGAGCACGGGCUCUUCUUGGACAUGGCGACCGCCGUAAUCAUCGCCGGAAAAGAUGGAAUCGACAUCAAGACCAAAUGAUUUCCGUUUCCAUUACCUUCCAUUGGUGAGUUCUGCUAAAAACUGUUCGUUCGAUUCCUUUUACUUUCUUCUAAUCCGUAUAUUAGAGCUUUGAAUCGAAACUUUUCCAUUUUUGUUCAUGAUUUCUUGGUGAUAGUCAGCUUGAUUUCAUCUCUGUAUUAUAAGAAAUCUUGUGCAAAUUUUUGCUGAUGAUCUGCUCAAUCUGGGAUGGGAUAUAUUUGUAAAUUGUACCAAGAUGAAUAUUUGGGACGGGAUAUAUCUUGUGCAAA